CGCCUCCUCGGUCAGACGGUGACGUCACCUCACAGCUCGACGGACAGUUGGAAGCUUGUGCAGAGAGACACUGUUGACGGUUUGUUUUGAUCGCUUCUGUCGGGAUUCUUUCGGACAUCACGCCAACAUCAUCCAGCCUCCUCCUCGCCACCGUCACGCCUCAGUGCGGGGAUCCAGCGAAGAUGAAAUGGAUGUUUAAAGAGGACCAUUCCCUCGAGCACCGAUGUGUGGAGUCAGCCAAAAUACGCAACAAAUAUCCCGACAGAGUACCGGUGAUCGUGGAGAAGGUCUCCGGCUCACAGAUAGUGGACAUUGAUAAGAGGAAGUACCUGGUGCCCUCUGACAUCACAGUGGCCCAGUUCAUGUGGAUCAUCAGGAAACGCAUCCAGCUGCCUUCGGAGAAAGCCAUCUUCCUCUUUGUCGACAAAACGGUGCCCCAGUCCAGUCUGACUAUGGGCCAGCUGUACGACAAGGAGAAGGACGAGGACGGCUUCCUGUACGUGGCCUACAGCGGAGAGAACACCUUUGGUUCCAAGGCCUUUUAUACAACACAGGGUUAACGCCCCCCCCCCCACACACACACACACACACACACACACACACACACACACACACACACUGGGGCCCGACAUGCACUGGUGCACCAUGUUUCCAACAUUGGCCAUUUCACAUGAAGUAAUGCAUCCACACACUUGGCACAGUUAUUUAUGGUCCAGUUUUGAUACAAAAAAACCCAUUUAUGGUGGAAAUUAGGUCCACCGAUACGCUACAAUAGACAGGUAACCAACGUGCUGGAAAUGCUUGACUUCAGUGGCUAAUCUUUUGUCACGAUCGCUGUUUAAAAGGUCAGUUGUGGGGAGAAAUAUCAACAACACUGCCGUUAAAAUAGGAGUUACAACGCACAUUAUAGGCACGUCAUCCAUUUUCAUAUCGACAUCAGUAUUACACUUUAAGAAAACUUAUUUAGGUUCUGACACACACACACACACACACACACACACACACACUACAUUGUCCGUCAGUCCAGCGUUGUCGUCACGGAUAUUUGUGUUCAGCCGACUGAGAAAGAAUAAUCGUGCGACCAGAAUCAUUAACCGCAUUAUGGAUGUAUCUGUAUGGCUCGUCGUGUCAUGUAUUAAAGCGUCAGUAUUUAACGUUAAAGCCACAGGAAGAGGAAGCUGCUGCUGGGGGCAGCGUGUCCUACGAUGCUCCCUGAGGGCUCCCCGGCCCGGCUGGUGUCAGCGAGCCGUGAACCUGCGAAAAGAAAGCCAACACUUUACUUGAAGUUAAAUUGUGAUAUGUUGUCGUCAUCGCAGAGGCAUUAUCUGAAAUAUAUAUCUAUUUUGUUUUUAAAGAUAAAACCACUGUGUAUAUAAUUUCCUGCCCUUAUAUUAUAAAUCUGUAACAUUUGAUUUAAGGAGGUUUUCUACUCUACUCAGAAUGCCUUUCGACAACCUUACACAUUUUGACCUGUCAAACUCAGGUGUAACUAAUAAUGAUAAUAAUUACAAUGGCUGAUUCCAUUUAGGAGCUCAGUUGCACUUUAAUCGGUGGCACGGAAUCAGACACCUAAAUACUAAUUCAAUUCAAAGUCACACUCAUUUGUAUAUCUGCUGUUGUGAUUUUGUUUAAAUUCUCCUCAGAAAAGAGAACAUAUUGCAUUUCAUAAUUAGGGCUGCAUGUUGGUAUACGAUCUAUUAUUUUUAAUAAUAAAUAACAAUUCAGUAAACUUAUAUCUUUGCAUUUAUGUUACAGUCAGUUUUACAAAGUUAAGACAGCGAUGUUUAAGUCAAGCCUGAUGUUUCCAUAACAUAAAGAUCCCAGUCUCUUCCACGCGGUGAGGCACACAGCGUAUAAACUAAGCCCCGGUAUCUCAUUUAGUACCGAUACGGUACCCGGACUGAAUGAGUCGGAUCAGUGCCUCCAACUAUCAGGCUGUGAAGCCACGGCCGUGAUCUACUGUAACGUUUCUUUCUAACUUAAUUUACCGUUGCCCAAUGCUAAUUAUUUACUGAAUAGAGCUGAAGUUUCAGAUACUUCAAGUAAAGUGUUGCUCAGAUCAAUAAAAACAUCUGAACCACUCAGACGCGAAGGCCCAUUUCCAUCCUUUGCUUGGCCUCAUGGUUUAGUGUUCAUAUUUGUGUACCACGGAGCCGAUUCAGGCUUUUAAAGAUGGUAUGUAGAUGUGUAAUAUAUUGUUGGAAUGCUAUGAUAUUCAGUAUUGUUUUACUUUGUCAGUGUUGUAUGUUUAAUAUAUCUUAAAAGACAUAAAGGAUAUCUGAAAAGGGGUAAGGGAGCUGGCAGACCUGACCAAUACAAAUAAAACUAGUUGUGAGGUG